CGGGGGCGGGGGCGGGGAGACCGUUUGGAACCGCAGUUCCGCCGGAAGUGGUCAGGCGCCUGAAGCUGAGCGUCUUCGGUCAUCUCCGGCGCUUCGAGGGGCGGUUCUUGUAGUGUUCCAGAGCCGUGGAGCGCUAGGCGCCGACUACCUCCGCUCGUCUUUUCCUUCGCUGCCCCCCGGUUCCUGGGAUCAGCCGACGGCAUGGGUUUUGGAGACCUGAAAAGCCCCGCCGGUCUCCAGGUGCUCAACGACUACCUAGCGGACAGGAGCUACAUCGAGGGGUAUGUGCCGUCACAAGCAGACGUGGCAGUAUUUGAGGCAGUCUCCGGCCCCCCACCUGCCGACUUGUAUCAUGCCCUCCGUUGGUAUAAUCACAUCAAGUCUUAUGAAAAGGAGAAGGCCAGUUUUUUUUCAAGCCUUCCAGGAGUGAAGAAAGCUUUGGGCAAGUAUGGCCCUGCUAAUGUGGAAGACACCACAGGAAGUGGAGCUACAGAUAGUAAAGAUGAUGAUGACAUUGAUCUCUUUGGAUCUGAUGAUGAGGAGGAAAGUGAAGAAGCGAAGAGGCUAAGAGAGGAACGCCUUGCACAGUAUGAGUCAAAGAAAGCCAAAAAACCUGCACUUGUUGCCAAGUCUUCCAUAUUACUAGAUGUGAAACCUUGGGACGAUGAGACAGAUAUGGCAAAACUAGAGGAGUGUGUCCGAAGCAUUCAGGCAGACGGCUUGGUCUGGGGCUCUUCUAAACUAGUUCCAGUGGGAUAUGGAAUUAAAAAACUUCAAAUACAGUGUGUAGUGGAAGAUGAUAAAGUUGGAACAGAUAUGCUGGAGGAGCGGAUCACUGCUUUUGAGGACUAUGUGCAGUCCAUGGACGUGGCUGCUUUUAAUAAGAUCUAAUAUCUACAUCAUAGAUCAUUGCCCUUAAAUAAAAGCUUAAAAGACA